AUGAGUGUUGGCGGAGCCCCGUCAGACGGCGUUGGGGUUGUUUGGUGUGCCACCCAGCACCUCUCAGCAGGCACUGGAUUUCCCUUCCUGCUGCAGGUGGAGGACGCCCAGGUGUGCAUUGACUACCCUGCAAAGCAUCACCGCUGUUGUUGGACGCGCGCCAUGCUGCAGCCAGUGUGGGAGAACUUUAGCGCCAGCCCCGUGGGAAGAAAUGAUUUGAAGAAAGAAGAGAGUCUUUCCCAAGAACAAUACACACAAAGGGAUGCUUUUUCCUCUUCCUUUUUCUCACUUAGAACACGUCGAACUCUUGCGGAACUGUCGCAGUCUAUUCAAUUGCUAUUUAAACGACAGCAACAAAAGCGACCACCAUGUAGAAAUGUGAAUCGGUUGCGCUACAUUCAUCUUUUGCCUUCUGUUGUGCGCGUCGGAAGGGGCAUUACGGGGAAGUUGUCUCUGACGUUUUCCCUUCGACGCUGCGGGGACACAAAAGAAGCGAAGGUGUCGUUAUUUCCAACUUUUAUUGCUGUUGAAGUAUUUGGUUUCAUGACUUCUUUUGUAACGAUAACCUUGUGUGAAGCUCGGCAACGUUCAUCCCGUAAGACGGCACUUUUGUUGCUGCAGAGUAUAAGUCAUGAGGGAAAUGUGGCAAAUUACAGUGUCUUUAACGCGGAUCUGCACCUCGAUUCCCCUCAGUCAUUCUCGUCGUUGCCCUUGCCAUGUGAAUUAACGUGGUCAUUUAGGGUAUAUGCUGCCUGUUACAGUUCCAUGGAAACACAAAUUCGCCUUGAAGAACCCUUCAUGCACCUCCGCGAGUGGAAGUCUAGGACGACGCAAGAGGAACGUUUUGCCAUUGUAAACCCAAGCAUGGACCCAGAAAUUACUUUCUCCAUAGAGAAGCGAAAUCGUGCAAAUAUGGAGCGUCGCAUCCAUGCUGCAAUAGCUCAAAUGGAUAGUCCUGGGGAAAUGGAAAGUUUGAAUUCUCCAUCGACUUCGUCCUCUUCAUUGGUAAGAGCCACACUGUGUCACAUCGCGACCGUGGAAACCUCUCGCGGCAUCAUGAUGGAGCCAUGCGUGCAGCCGGGGAAUGGUACACUUGCGGCGGUGAUGCCGAGAGACAUUUCAUGGCCGCUUCACCUCUUUGUUGCCGACGCGAGUGGCAAAACGUGGCGAUCUCCUCCCAUCGCCGGCUCUUCAUCUUUGGGAAGGCUUGCCUGCGAGAUGAAUUAUCUGGAGGGGCGGAGGAGUGCCGAGGAUGGCAACGAGAAUCCGGAGCUGAAAAUAAAAGGGGAGUGA